AUGGCAGGUGCGCGCAGAAAACAUUUGCGAAGCAGGCAAGUGGGAUCUUUUCUCCUUUUCUGGUGUGUGUCUGUGGGAGGGGCGGCCACCAUCCGCUAUUCUGUGGCGGAGGAGAUGGAGAGCGGCUCAUUUGUGGCCAACGUGGCUAAGGACUUAGGGCUGGAGGUAGGGAGGCUGGCUGCGCGCGGGGCGCGGCUGGUUUCCGAGGGCAACAAGUCACACUUCCGGCUCCACCGCAAGACAGGAGAUUUGUUCGUGAAGGAGAAACUGGAUCGCGAGGCGCUCUGUGGCAAAGCUGACCCAUGCGUUCUGCACUUUGAAAUUGUCCUGGCAGAGCCGCUGCAGUCUUUCCGUGCGGAAGUCAGGGUGUUUGAUAUUAAUGACAAUGCCCCGGUCUUUCUAAACAAGGAGCCUCUUUUAAAGAUCCCAGAAAGCACCCCCUUGGGCUCACGCUUCCCUCUGCAGAGUGCCCAGGAUCUGGACGUGGGACUCAAUGGUCUCCAAAACUACACCCUGAGCUCAAAUGCCUAUUUUCACCUGCACACCCGCUUCCGCAGCCACGGGCCAAAAUAUGCGGAGCUUGUGCUGGAUAAACCCCUUGACAGAGAGGAGCACCCUGAAGUCAAUUUGACGAUUACUGCUGUGGAUGGUGGGUCCCCGCCCAAGUCUGGCACCGCCUACAUCAGAGUGGUGGUUCUGGACGUCAAUGACCACGUGCCCCAGUUCUCCCGCUUGGUGUAUCGCACCCAGAUUCCAGAGAACAGCGCCAAUGGCUCUUUGGUGGCUGUGGUGACUGCCACUGACCUGGACGAAGGCACCAACAAACAGAUAACUUACUCUUUAGCUCAAAAUCCAGAAGCAAUUCUUCAGACAUUUCAUAUUGACUCUCAAAGCGGAGAGAUUAGACUGCGAGGGCCUUUAGAUUUUGAAGCUAUAGAAACAUACGACGUUGAUAUUCAAGCUACAGAUGGAGGGGGCCUCUCUGCCCACAGUAAAGUCCUUGUGGAAGUGGUGGAUGUAAAUGACAAUCCUCCUGAAGUGAUGGUCUCCUCGGUGUCCAGUCCUCUCCCUGAGGACUCGCCACUACAGACUGUAGUGGCCCUCUUCACUAUCCGAGACAGAGACAUUCGAGUCGGAGGAAAGGUCUCCUGCUUCCUCAGAGAAGAUUUUCCCUUUAUAGUCAAACCUACAUUCAGGAAUUCUUACUCACUGGUCACUGACAGAAGCUUAGAUCGGGAGGAUGUCUCAGGCUAUAACAUCACCCUUGUUGCCAUGGAUACUGGGCCACCCUCACUGUCCACAGAGACCGUGAUAGAAGUAUUACUAUCUGACAUUAAUGACAAUCCUCCUGUGUUUCAAGAAGAUUCCUACAUCUUGACGGUUCGAGAAAACAACAGCCCUGCAGUUUUUAUUGGCAAAGUCUGUGCCAAAGAUCUAGAUUUAGGUGAGAAUGCUCAAGUAACAUAUUCCCUACUGCCUCCAAAAAGUGGAGAUCUAUCUGUCUUUGCUUACAUCUCCAUAAAUUCAGACAAUGGGAAGCUCUAUGCACUGAGAAUCAUGGAUUAUGAGGCCAUUCAGGACUUUCAGUUUGUGGUCAAGGCAACUGAUGGAGGAUUUCCGUCAUUAAGCAGCCAAGUUACUGUCAGAGUGGUUGUCCUGGAUGACAAUGACAAUCGCCCAAUGAUCUUAUAUCCAUUGCAAAAUGGAACUUUGCCCUGCAAUGACCUGGUGCCCAGGUCUGCUGAGGUAGGCUACCUGGUGACCAAAGUUGUGGCUGUUGAUGGUGACUCAGGACAGAAUUCUUGGCUUUCAUACCAUCUACUUAAAGCCACUGACCUUGGAUUAUUUUCUAUCCAGGGACAAAAUGGGGAAAUCCGUACACUGAGGAAGAUAUCUGAGAGAGAUCCCAUGAUGCACAAACUGAUCAUUCUUGUUCAAGAUCAUGGCCAACCAGCUCUCUCCACAACCACCUCACUCAACAUUUUGCUGGUAGAGGGCUUUUCAGAGCCCUACCUGCAGUUCCAUGAUCCAGCCCAGCAUUCUAGACAGGUAAAUCCAAUCACAAAAUACUUGGUCAUUUCUCUGGCUGUGCUCUGCUUUGUUUUUCUCCUCUUUGUCACAGUGAUCUCCAUUAUACACAUGUACCAGAAGAUUAAACAUAAAGACAACUUCACAGUUCAAGAGCAUUUCUAUGAUGAUUGUCAUUUCCCUAACAACUUGGUACAAGGAGGAGGCACUGGCUCCUUAUCCCAGCCUUGUCCAUAUGAUAUGUGUUCAGCCACUGGAACUGGCAAUAGUGAGUUCCGGUUUCUUAAGCGAUUUAUGCCCAAUUUCCCUUUCCCCCAUGCUACUGGAGAGGUAAAAACAGAGAAUGGCUCCAGCUUACCCCAAGAUUCUAACAGGAAUAGGUCUCAGGGUUCAGAGGGACAUGUCCAGAUACCUAAUGAUUAUAUGUAG